GACACGGUUCACGCGCACUGGGGAUUCCCCCGCGUGACAAACACGGCUUCACCUUUCACAUGUCAGCUCUUCCCCUUAUCGCCUUUCAUUGCUCAUAUGCUCUCCGCCUGGAGCUCGUGUUGCUGUUACCGGAUAUGUAUACGACGAGUAGCCGCUUCGCCUCAUUUCGCUCGUUUUAACCCAUUUCACAAAAUCUGGAAUGACCGAACCAUGUUUUGAAACUUUAAAAAACAUCUAUAAUCGAUAGAAACUGAAGGCCUGUCGCUGUGAGACCAUGUAUUGUUGGUUAGUGGAAUGAAACGCAGCGGCUCAUUCCUCUGGUUUCACAAAGGAGCGGUGGUUUUCUCGGGUGUCAGUAGGCUAUCCUCGGAGUGGUCACAUCACCGAGCACCGAGCGGCGACAACACCCGCUAGAAGCCUUUGAAUCCUCGGGGAAGGAGGGAGGGGGAAACCCAAAGAGGCCGCCACCACCACCACCAUGGCGAGCGACGACUGUAGGAAAGAUGACUUGCUGGAGGAUACCCGCACAGACUCGGGCAUUGACUCGUACCGCUCCAUACUGAAGUCGGAGGAGCCCCGGGAGCCGAGCACCGACUUCAGCGGGCCGAGGGACAAGUUUUCCACCGGGGAAGAGCGCCUGGACUCAGCCUAUGGCUCCUCGUCCAUCACGGUGGAGAGUCUGUCAGACAUAGUGGGGGACUUCACGCUUUCCAGCGCCAAUGAGGAGCAAGCACAGAUCUCUGAACUCUCUGAACAGGAGGAGAACUUGCUCACGACUAUUACUGAAGAUGGAGACACAAUCCUGCACUUAGCAAUCAUCCAUGAAGAUGAAUUGAUCGCUCAACAUUUGAUACAGCUAUUCCCAAAAGAAGUCCUGGACAUACAAAACAAUUUAUACCAGAGCCCUUUGCACCUGGCCACCUACCUGAACCUGACAGAUGUGGUGAAGGGCCUGGUGGAGAAAGGGGCCAGCCUGGAGCUGCAGGACCAGGACGGGAACACAGCACUCCAUGUGGCCUGCCAGCAUGGGCAGACAGAGUGCGCCACCGAGAUGACCAGAGAGGUUUCCCCUAGCAAGCUGGCACCAGUCCUCGAGACCCAGAACUGGAGAGGUCUUGCCUGUCUUCACUUGGCUGCACUGAACAGGCAACAUCAGAUUAUGAAGCUACUGAUGAAAAAGGAAGCAGACCUGAAUAUCCAGGAAGGAACCAGUGGCAAAACAGCUCUUCAUCUCGCUGUUGAGCUGCAUGACAUCACAUCAGUGAAGCUGCUGCUCAGCAGGGGAGCCAAUAUGGAUGCUGCCAUGUUUAAUGGCUGCACGCCCCUGCAUCUUGCGGUGGGGAGACAGGACGCCGCCAUCGCCAACCUCCUCUGCCAGUCUGGCGCUGACACAAUGCUGCGAAACAUGGAGGACGAAACAGCGCUGGAUCUGGCUGACGGCAAUGAUGAUAUUCUGGCUCUAUUUCCUUUUGAUGACAUCCAGAUCUCCGGGAGGUCGGUAGUUUUGAGCUGAAUUAUAGGCUGAACAACAAUCUUAAAAUUGUCUAGAGCCUCACUGCAGCUAGAACCUUUUGAUUUAAAAAAAAAAAAAAAAAAAAAAAAAAAAAAAAAAGCUGAAGUUUUGUAGUACGUUCUGAUUUGAUCUGUAUUUAUCCAUUAUCUAGACAAAUAUGUGCACCAUAUAAAUCUUACUUUCUGUGUAAUUCAACACUGAUAAAAAAAAAUCUCUGUUUCUGAGUCAUUGGCUCAAAUACUUUGCUUCUUUUUGCAUGCCUCUGGAGGGGUUGCAGCAAAAGCCACCUCAAUGCGAUUGCCAAACUUUCUAUCACCAUUUUCAGUGUCCAUAAAAAAUGCUACCUCUUUAUCACAUUAACUUAGUUUUAAUGGCUAGAAAUAAAGAACAUUCAAAUUGCUUUUUUAAUAGUUUCUCAAACUUUAUCAGUGCUAUGAUUGCAUUUGUAUUGUGCGUGUUUAUAUCUCUGAAAAUGUGGUCUCUCAUUGUAACCACAGAAAGAUUUUUUGAGGAAUGCAAUCAGAGGCUGAACAAAAUGAAUGCUCCAUUUACUAAAUUUAAAACUAACUGUGUCCCAAAGAGACCUGCAAUCCUAUGUAGACAAACUAAUCACAUCCCUGCUAUUUCUUAAAAAACUGGUAGCCCAUAUAAAAAUAUACAACACAAAAUGCAGCUUCAUAUUUUUGAUUUUUUUUUAGGGUUGCUACUUCAUGUUGUGAAACAGUUUCUCUAUUUAUCUUCUCUAUUAAACUGUUACUGUUCUCUGGUGUGUAAUUACACUGCCCUGUCUAGUUAAUGUAAGCAGUUCAUUUAUUUUGUAAUAAAAUAAAAAAAAAACUCA